GUUUGACAGUUUUGAGUUGAUUUUUGACCUAGUAGAAGUCACCGUACGUUGAUUUGGAUGAGGACAGUUGGAGGGCUCAUGCAGUGAUGCUCGUCCCUGGCACUGUCUGGUAACACUGUUUGCCCUUUCUUCUGCUGGGUUUGUCUUUGUCCAAUGAUUCAGAAUGGCAGCAGAUGUCCACAAUAAGGGUGCAUCCUGGGAAGUUAAAAAUGGCAACCUUGCACCUGUAGAUCGACUCCAAAAAGAUCGGUCGGACAGUCCGACCCCUGGCCUGGUGGAGGGGACAGAGCCAGGGGCUGGUCAAGAGGGUGCCAUGUUUGUUCAUGCCCAGUCUUUUGAGGACCUAACAGCUGAAGGUGAACCCAACACUGAUGAAGACCGUCAGCAGAGACGGGCGGCUCAGCCCCGGCGGUGUCUGAUGAAGCUGGAGGCGAGGAAUGCUCAGGAAGAGGUUCUCGAAGAAGGUGAGGAAGAGCGGGAAGGAAGCUCAGAGCCUGAACGGGAGGAGGAGACGAAGCAGGUGCGGCGCACCAACAAGGCGAAAGACGAGGACGUGACGAGCGAAACAUGGCGGAGUCACAGGAAGCAUUUGUUCGUGCUGAGCGAGGCGGGGAAACCCAUCUACACUCGCUACGGCACAGAGGAGGCGCUCUCCAGCAUCAUGGGAGUCAUGAUGUUGCUCAUGUCCUUCUUGGAAGAUAAAAAGAACAUCAUUCGCUCCAUUCAUGCAGAUGGCUACAGGGUGGUGUUCUUGCGCAAGAGUCCCCUCAUCCUGGUCGGAGUCUCCCGCACGAGCUGCUCCGACCGCGAGCUGACGCGAGAACUUCAGUAUGUCUACUUCCAGAUCGUGAGCCUGCUUACCAUCACACAACUCAACCAUGUCUUUCAGCACAGGCAAAGUUACGACCUUCGUCGCCUGCUGGCCGGGUCCGAGCACCUCACCGACAGCCUCUUGCAGCUCCUUGAUCGAGAUCCAGGCCUGCUGCUCAGCGCUGUGAUGUGCCUUCCUCUGGCCGGCUCGGCCCGUGACGUGGUCUCCUCCAGCUUGCAGGCCGCUAAAUCCAAGAACCUAGUGUUCUCCAUCCUGCUAGCAGGAAACAGACUGGUUACGCUGGUGCGCAAAAAGGACCAAUUUCUGCAUCACAUGGACUUGCACUUGCUCUUUAACCUGGUUGGAUCCUCGUCGGCUUUUAGACAGGGUGAGGGAUGGACGCCCAUAUGUCUGCCCAAGUUCAACCCAGCAGGGUUCUUUCAUGCCCAUAUUUCCUAUCUGGAGCCGGCCUCGGAUCUCUGUCUGAUCCUGGUGUCCACCGACCGUGAGGACUUCUUUAAUCUUGCAGAUUGCAAGACGAGGUUCCUUGAGCGGUUGCGCAAACGCAGUGCCUAUCAAGCCCUGCAAGAGGCGCUGAACAUGCCAAGUUAUCCCGUCUCUCAAGUCGGCAUCCCUGAGCUGCGGCAUUUUGUGUACAAAUCAAAAAGCUCUGGGCUCUACACAAGCCCUGACCUUCCAGUGCCGUACCAGGCAGAUGAGGAGCACGAGAGGCUUAUAGGAUUGUACCAGAACCUGCAUAGCUGCCUGCAUCACCCCACACGCCCCCUGCGCUACAUGUACUGCUGCAGAGAAACUGAAAACCUUUAUGCCUUGGUAACAAGUGGCUUUGAGCUCUACCUCUGCUUCAGUCCUCUGGGAACAAAAGCACUGGCUGUAUCUGCGGUCCCUAAACUGCUGAAGUGGAUCAGAAAGGAGGAAGAUCGUCUGUUCAUACUCAGUCCCUUAACUUACUGAUUCGGUUUGGGCCUUAAGUGGAUCAUCAGAAACACUAGUAAAUCACUGAGCCCAGACGGUCUGAAGAGCAACUUGUGCUGUCAUACUUGAACAAAUGAAUGAACAAAUUGGUAAAUUAAUGAACUGAUUAAUGAGUGAAUUAACAACUGGACAAAACAAUGAAUUAAUCAAGUAGCUAAAGCAUGCUGGGAGAUAUUAAGUAAUUUCUUACGAUUGAUAUCUGUUUUGAGGGCUACACGUGCUGGUUGCAGUAUUGGUAUAAUCGAGACGGUUUGUCUUCCUUGUCCUACAGGCUGAAACUGUGUGAGGGAUAGUUCAGCCAAAAAUGAAGGUUCUGUCAUUAUUUACUCACCCACUUGUCUUUCAAACCUAAAUGACAUUUUUUCUUCUUCUGCAGAGUACAAGAGAAGAUAUACCCAUUGUCUUGUAUUUGUUUUGUCUGUGCUAUAGAACUGAAUGGGUACCACCGCUGUUUGGUAACGAACAGUCUUUGAAAUAUCUUCUUCUGCAGAAGAAAGUUAGUGAUACAGGUUUGAAAUGAAAAGAGGGUGAGUUACUAUGACAGAAUGUUAAACUAUCCCUUUUAAAGCUGAGAUUGUGUCGCAUUAUAAAAUGUAGUAUCUGCCGAGGGUUGCUUUUAAACUAGACAAUAAAGACAGUAGAAUUAGCACUAACAACCUGAUGAAUAUACACAGAACGCUGCAUAAUCUGAACUGAAUCUGCAUAGCUUCUGCUUUUUUAUUUAUAAACUAGACCUGCCACUGUUUCAACUCUGGUAUCUUCUCCAACUUAAAAGUAUAGGAAUAGUUCACUGAAAAAUUGUCCGCAUUUAUUUGGCCUCAUGUUGUGUCAAACCCUUGAAAUAUUGAUGAAUGUCGAUGCUGCUUUUUCUCAUACAAGUAAUUGGUAACUGAGACAUCUUUUGGGUUCCACAGAACAAAUAAACUCAUACGGGUUUGGAAUAGCAUGAUGGUAGGUAAUUGACAACCAAAUUCUUAUGUAGGGGUGAACUGUACCUUUACUGAAAUAUUGGAGUUGGCCUUAAAAUUUCAUCUUAUGAGUAGAGGGUGAAGUUUCUCACAACAUAGCUUAAAGGUGGUUUAUUGUUUUAUACAGGUGACAUUCCAAGUGCAACACGUUUAGGGGACUAAAGUGUUUCUAUGAUAACCAAACUGACUUUAUUUCUAUAAGGAUUAGAUGUACAAGCACCUUACGAGACUCGACUGACAAAUGUUGCAGACGCAUGUGGCUCCAUGUGAACCACAAAUGCAUGUAUCUGAGAUUUUAAUGACUGACUGUGUUUUGCUAUUGAGGACAUUUUAAAAACCUGGUUCAGGUGGAUCACUCAACUUAGAGAUACCUUCAAAACAGUCUUACUAUAGUUAAUGCACAUGAUUUUUUACGAAUGAUUCAAGGGUGAAGUGUGUUAUUUCUGUGACACCAAUUAAAACUGCUAAAAUAAUGAUUGCUCCCAAACGGUAAAAGAAUAAGAGAUUUGUGUGUUAGAUGGACCUUUGACAUACAGUUUAUGUUCUCCAUAGAUGGAAAUGAGAUACGGAAAUUUGUUCACACCAGGUUUUCCAACGUUUUUGCAUGUUGACACUACUAAUGUUUUUUUUUUCUGCUCCUAAAUUCAGAACUAAGCUGAAAAAUGUAUUCAUAUGCCAAGUUAAUUUAAAAUGUUCUUUAAAAUUGUGACUGCGCAAACAAUUAAAGCAAUUUUAGAUGCAUUUACAGGAGACCUGAGGGUCUAUGGCCUUAUGUGUUGUUAUUUAUUAUGACUGUAUUAUCAAUAAACUGGCACAAGACACUGAUUUGGACUGGCAAACACAAAAUGAUAAUUUUAACUCCUAAACAGUUGUUCCGGAUAUUUGUUCUUUUACUUAUUAUAAACAAUUAUACUGAACAUAAUUAACAAAUAGUCUUUAGAUUAAAUUUAACACAUCAACAUGUCAUUCAUUAUAAAAAGACGAAAUAGUGUAUCUAAAGCCAUAGAAAUAGAGAAAUUCACAUUAAUCUGACAUCAUGGCUGUUUUAGUUCUUGUAAUGAAAACCCUUGUCAAAAUGUCUUAAAUAAAAGCUGUUCUGUUUUUGGACCUCAAAUCAAGAUUAAGUUUGAAAAAAAAUAUGGUAAAAAAGGGCUCUUUAUCGCUGCAGGCGCAUCUUCCCCAGAUGAGAGAAACCUGCAAUGAUACAGACUGCUCAGUUACUUUGGUUGUGUAGAUGAAGAAAUCCAGUCCAUCAGCGUUACAUGUUAGUUAUUGUAAUUUUGUUGAUAACCUCUCAUAGUAUUGUUUUAAAGUCAACCAAAUAGCUCGCCUUUCUCAUUUAGAUUUGCAAAACUAGACGCUAAACGGAUGUGCUGGCAAAAACCUCUGUGGGAAGAUUUACUGCAAUCUUUUUACAGCAAUUUUACAGAUCCUAAAUGUUGUUCAGGCAACCUGUGUAAUGAAGGCCAGAGCAUGACCCAGAGUUUGGUCCUUCUACUGGCACCACUUCUUUACAUCAUCAUGAUCUGAGAUUCGAUCUCUUGUAGGGGGUUUUGUGAGGGUAAAUAAAUGUGGAUGCUCUUUUAUUGUCAAUGUAACGCAGUGUAAUUAGAUACUCUUUCAGGUUAACCGAGGGUAAUUUUUCAAACAUUGUUUCAAUACCUUUCCAAUAUGAAAUUUACUAUUGUAUUUCUGAAAAAGUAAUGCAAAAUAAACAUAAGUUUAACUGUA